AUGACAACCCCAUCAUCUAACAUGGACAGCUCCGUCGACUCGACCGACACCCCCUACCGCUACGCCGGUUACGUCAACCGCAUUCGUACCAUCCUGCUCUCCGCCCACCGCUACGUCGCCUACACCUCCGACAUAGGCGAGUCCUUCCGCCCCGUCGCACACCCCUACCUCGUGCGCACCGCCUACGGCAUCUCCUGGACCUAUCUGCUCGGCGAUGUCGCCCACGAAGGCUACAAAGCCUACCUGCGCAACCGGCACGUCCUCGCCCCACCCGGCGAGGCCUACAAGGACGCCAAAAACCUCUCGGCCAACGAGGUCGUCAUGGGCAUGGCAACAGGCGACAUGGGCAGUCCCAGCGCCGGCACCGGUGCCGAGCUCGCCCCCUGGCCGACAACCCGCAUCCCCCUCAUCGAGGACUACCGCAUGGUAAUGGUCAAGCGGGCCGUGUUCCAGAGCAUCGCGAGCAUGGGGCUGCCGGCGUUCACGAUCCACUCGGUGGUGAAGUACUCCGGGCAAAUGAUGAAGAACAACAAGAACGUCUUUAUGCGAACAUGGACGCCUAUCGGUCUCGGCCUUGCAGUCGUCCCCUUCCUCCCAUACAUCUUCGACGAACCCGUCGGCGAAGCAGUAGAAUGGUCCUUCCGGACCGCUCUCCGCGCCUACGCAGGCGAGGACGCCGUCCGGCCCCUCCCCGCCCUGGCCUCGGCCUCAGCCGCUCACCCCUCAGACACAGGCGCAGAUGCACCCUCCCUAUCGCACUACCUGAAGACCCAAGCGGAGAAGAACUCAUCCGCGGCGCUCGGAGCCGACGGUUCGGUCGCAGCGAGCGCGAAUCUCUCCUGGGAGGAAUACAAGGCCGAGCGGCAGAAGGCGAAGGAGGAGCGCAGGCGGGAGCGCGAGGCCAAGGGCCGGACGGGACCGCUCGCUUGGUUGGGGUUCGGGUCGGACUCGGACUCGAAAAGUAAAACCGAGUAA